ACAAUCGCUCUGGGCGGUGAUGCGAUGUCCGUUGCCAUGGCAACGGCCUGGGCCGUGCGCGGGCGCAGGCUCAUCAAUACGUAUGGUGUGACUGAGGCGACCGCAUACCAGACCUUCCAUGUGUAUGGUGAUAGAGAUGUGAAUACAGAGGGGGUCGGUGGCAAAUGGCCAGGGACUACCACAGAGAUACCCGCUGGAACGGCCCGAUAUCAGGACAUUUUGGCAUGCAUCGGCAGACCCUUACCCGGAGUGGUCCUGCGGUUGAGGAGAGUACCAGAUGAGACACACAACGACAACGAGACCGAGAGCCGCAUAGACCACAGGCACACACCCCCCGCCAUUCACCAAGACACCCACGUGCACCCGGAUACACAGUCACGCACGCACACAGACGUGCGCACGGGUACACACCAGCGUGAAGGCGUAGACCCAUUAAUAGACCUGAUACCUCCCCAGGAAGCGUUGGUGGUGGGCGAGAUAUGCCUGGGAGGGGAUCAGGUGGCGCUGGGGUACGCUCAGGCUUCUUCAGCAGCCGAUCUCAGCCAUAGCCCAGGACAAUGCAAUGCAGGUGCUUCAGGCCCCGAACUUAGAACCGGUCUGCCCAGCCCAAAGACGGAUUACAUGGUCAGUAUUGAAGUUGGCGAAGGUAGUUUGGAGGGUCGCGAAUGUGCUCAAGUUAAUGCUACAGCCACGCGGGCGCACCUUGUGUAUCCGUUCUUCUAUGCUGAGGCGGAGGCAGAUUCAACCGCGAGCAUAGCGUCUGACUUAGACACACGGACACAACCAAGCACACACCUGCGUCACACCACGUAUACAAAGGCACCAGCACACUUGAAGGCGAAUACACGCUCGACACCUGCUGUGCGUACAGACAAGGCACCCGGUGCUACUGCGGUAGAGAAAGAAAAGGCUGUACUGGCGUGUGUAAGUGUAGCGGACACACUAGAGGAAGUACAACACCGCCCAAACUCUGGUGUGGAAACAGGGCUGCAGGAUGGUACUAAUACGACAGCGGAGAAUAUAUCGCAACCCACUGUGCGUGGGGCUGUUGGUACGAAGAGAAAGAGGGUGAGGAUGUACGCCACGGGGGAUUUGGCGCACUAUGAUCACCAUGGCAACCUGUGCUUAGUGGGGCGUCAAGACCAUCAGGUGGGUGGCUCAAAGCGGGAUGAGAAGCGGGAUACGUAUGCGCUGGGGCUGUCUGAAUUGUAUCUUCAGCGAUUGACAAGCACCACCUGGCCGCUCACAGCAAACGGAAAAGUCGACCGAACGGCUUUGCAGCAGUCUGUGUGCACCAGGUAUAACGCCAUAAACGGCUCCUCAUUGGCUGAUAGGCUUUUGGCGCCAAGGUCACCAUGGCAACGGCCUAUACCCCCAACAACCGGACACCCAGCGGGCGAUACAUCCCUGCGAGGGGGUGGUGUAGCUGCAUUGGUUCGGAAGAUCUGGUGUAAUGUACUGGGGGUACAACCGGGCGAUGUGAUUGAUUCCACAUAUCUGUGGCAAAUCGGCGGCGAUAGUCUAACCGGACUGAGAAUUUGCCGAUUGUUGUUCCGUAUGUACCACGAGGUGCCGGCUCCAAAAUCGGAAAGCGGCGCUAAAAAUCUCAACAAUAAUCCCAAACCACAAAGGGAAAUCGGGAAUUCCGGUACUGUUGACGCCGAGAAUAGCCGUGACACUACCGAUGGGGAUGCUCAAGUGCUUGGGGUCAAUGGACACAACAGCCAUGUCAAAUCCAGGAGUGCAUGUGGUACGACUAAUAUUUCUAACACCAAUGAGAUGACCACGGGCUCAGACACAAUCCAUCAGAAUGACCCUGAUGGAGACGUUAGCACGUCCAUUGUCAAAGAGGUGAGGUGA